AUGCCCCCGCAAAACCGAGAGUAUGUUAGCGAUGUCUGGAAGGAUAACCUAUUCAGCGAAAAGGUAGUUUUUUGCACAGGUGGCGCAGGAACGAUAUGCAGUGCGCAAGUCCGGGCGCUGGUCUACCUGGGAGCGAACGCCUGCAUCGUAGGACGGAAUGUGGAAAAGACCGAGAGAGUAGCUACAGAGAUUGCGACAGUUAGGACAGGGGCAAGAGUUCUUGGGAUUGGCGGCAUCGAUGUCAGAGACAGCGAGGGUUUGAAAGCUGCAGCAGAUCGCUGUGUAGAGGAGUUGGGAGGGAUUGACUAUGCGAUAGCCGGAGCUGCAGGGAAUUUCCUCGCCUCUGUCAACAACAUUUCUUCCAACGCAUUCAAGUCAGUCAUGGACAUCGACGUCCUGGGCUCCUACAACACCGUUAAAGCCACGAUACCGCAUCUCGUCAAAUCCGCAGAGAAACAUCGAAACGAACCAGCGAACCCAAGGCGAAAAGGUACCGGAGGCCGUAUCAUCUUCCUCAGUUCUACGACCCACUAUAUCGGUUCCCCCUUCCAGACUCAUCUCGCGGCUGCAAAGGCCGGCGUAGAUGCCAUGUCUAACAAUGUUGCGCUCGAGUUUGGACCGUAUGGAGUGACCGCAAACGUGAUCACUCCUGGGCCGAUAGAAAACACGGAGGGUGUUGCACGCCUAGUACCUGCAGGCAGUGAAGCUGCUGUGAGAAAAGGCCAGCCACUGGGCAGGUACGGCUUAACGAAGGACAUUGCAGAUGCAACUGUCUACCUGCUAUCGGAAUCCGGUAGCUAUGUCAGCGGCCACACACUAGUCGUGGACGGCGCAUCGUGGAGGGCGCCAGGAGGUUCCCUGGGCAUGGGGAAUAGCUUGGCUUAUCCCGAUUCUCUACUGUCUGGAAAUGCUGUGGCUGGCGUGAAAGGUCGGAAGGAACAGAAACUCUAG